CUAGAGAACCUCAGUCAUACAAAGAGGCUUCUCAAAUUGAUGUUUGGAAUCAAGCUAUGCAACAUGAAAUCCAAGCUCUCAUCAAAAACCACACCUGGGAUGUGGUUUCACUUCCAAAAGAUAAAAAAACCAGUUGGAAACAAGUGGGUCUACAAAGACAAAUUCCUCUCUGAUGGUUCUCUUGAAAGGCACAAGGCCAGAUUAGUUGCCAAAGGCAAUACUCAACAAGAAGGUUUGGAUUUCCAGGAUACUUUUGCUCCUGUGAUUAAGAUGACUACAGUCAGAACCUUUCUUGCCAUUGCAGCAAUGAGGAAUUGGCAUAUUCAUCAGUUAGAUGUGAAUAAUGUCUUCCUUCAUGGAGACCUUGAAGAAGAAGUCUACAUGACUCUUCCAAAAGGUUUUGUUCCUCCACCAGAUAUUCCCAACUCUGUCUGUCGUUUAAGGAAAUCACUCUAUGGACUAAAGCAGGCCUCCAGACAAUGGUUUUCCAAGUUGACAGACACCCUAAUCAGAGUUGGUUAUGUUCAGAGCAAGGCUGAUCAUUCUCUUUUCUACAAGGCAACCGACACCAGCUACACAUGUAUACUGAUCUAUGUUGACGAUCUAGUCCUGGGGGGCAAUGAUCUUUCAGAAAUCACAGCACUCAAGGAGGUUUUGGAUAAAGAAUUUAGCAUUAAAGACUUGCGAAAUCUGAAAUUCUUUCUCGGGAUAGAAGUGGCCCGAAGCACCACAGGUAUUCAUUUAUCUCAGAGAAAAUACACUCUUGAAAUCAUUGAACAAGCUAAUGUUCUGGACAGCAAAUCAGUUUCAACACCUAUGGACUAUAAAGUUCAUCUUAGCAAUGACCCUGAUUCACUUUUUGAAGAUCCUGAGCUAUACAGAACUUUAGUUGGGAAACUUGUCUAUCUCACAACCACACGUCCAGACAUCAGCUAUGCUACUCAACAGCUAAGCCACUUCAUGUCUUCACCCACAGAUAUCCAUUAUAAGGUUGUUCUUCGAGUAAUCCGUUACCUCAAAACAGCUCCAGCAACAGGGUUGUUCUUCCCAUCCAAAGGCAACUUCCAAUUGAAGGCCUUCACUGAUUCUGAUUGGGCCGCCUGUUUUUGAAACAAGGAGAUCAACCACUGGUUUCUGCAUCUAUUUAGGUGAUUCCCUGAUAUCCUGGAAAACCAAAAAACAACAUACAGUCUCACGAUCUUCUUGUGAAGCUGAAUACAGGGCACUGGCAUAUACAUCUUGCGAGAUUCAAUGGUUACAAUACCUGCUCCAGGACUUCAAAGCAUCAACUUCAUCUCCUGCAACUCUCUAUUGCGACAAUCAGAGCGCAAUUUACAUUGCCAAGAACCCAACCUUCCAUGAGAGAACAAAACAUAUAGAACUGGACUGCCAUUUUGUUCGAGAAAAAUUGCAAUCUGGGCGCCUCAAGCUUCUUCACAUCUCCUCCAAUCACCAGCUCGCCGAUCUCUUCACAAAGCCACUGUCACCAGCACCAUUUACCUCUUUGAUCUCCAAGCUUGGUGUGCGAAAUCUCUGCCCACCAUCUUGCGGGGGGGUAUCAGAUUGAAAAUCUAGUUUUCAAUCUUUCCCUCGUCUCCAACGGUCGAAUACGUGGACGACGACGUUUUUCCCUUCAUCGCUGGACUCCACCGCUGCGGCAUCGUUUCGGCUUGUUCACUGCGCAGCUGACUUAUUUCCGAGACUAAAGCGCUGUCGUUUUUAUCUUCCCCUUUAUGUCUGUACUUUCUUUUCCGGCAAGUUUUGUCUUGUUUCCCUUCCAAGCUUCCAAACAAGCUGUAAUGGAGCUUGUCUUUCUUCACUUCUGUAUCGCCUAUAUAAGGCAGACAAAGCAAUGAGAAAGGACAGGAUUGUAGGGUUUUCAGUUCACAAACACUUCUUUGUUACUUAAUAAACGAAUUCUUGUAUAUAUCUUCUGUACAUUACUUUGGAAAAGACCAACAAGUUCCCAUAUAUAACUCACAAUGCAGGAUAACAGCAAUUGACCAAAACUUAAAAAGAUUACAAAACUAAUUUUCAUGACACUUUUCUUCAUUUUACCCCUCACAAAAUUCCCUCCUCCCUUAUUGGUGUCUACAUUAUGAAGCUGCACAAAAAAUCAUAUCGAAAAAGUCAUCGUAAUGGUGUUUCGAGAGUAUAAUCAUAAUUCUACUAAUGACAUACGGGUUCAAUAGCUUUCAAAGUAAAAUGAUACCAUAUAAUUGGCCGUGCUCUGCAAUGGUUUACCUAAAAAUGUAUAUUUUAAUUAAAACUGAAUAACACUUUUGUUUUAAAUGAAGGUGGAUGUUAUUAGAGAACGAAAUAAAAUUUUCAAUAAUCGUUAACUUUUGUGAUACAAAUAUAAUUUUUUUCCAAACUUUUGGACGCACAUUACCAAAUCAAUUAUAAUAAAGUCAAACAUUAUUGAUCGUCCAAUCACUAUUGAACCGAAGCUAUACCAUACUUAACAUAUAGUUAUGUGUUAAUUCAUUGUGUGUGUGUAAACUUCUAUAUGUGACGACCUUUAAAUUUGGACAAUGAACAAACUAUAAUUGAGUUGGCCAUUAAAAACCUAAGGUAAUAUCUAUUUUUUAUCCAAACCUUUUUCAUAUUCUUUUAUAAUAUCCAAACCUAUCAAAAUACUAAAAUUUAGCCGAAUGUUGACUUUCGGUUAGCAUUUUUUAGUAAUAUUGACUUGACAACAUAAUACUGACUUGGAAGAGACACAUGAAGGUCAAGAUUCCAAAAUUUUAGUACUUUAACUAAGAAAAGAGUUACAAAAUUAUUAACGAUAACGUAAAUAUGACUAAUAUUUUGGUGCAUUAUGAAAGAUUUGUCUAAUUAAUAGAAUUUUAAUAGGUUUGGAUAAUAUAAAAGAAUAUGAAAAAAGUUUGGACAAAAAAUAGACAUUACCCAAAAACCUACUAAUGAAGUAGAACAUGAAGUUCACAUGUAAGGUCACGUGUUUUGUGACCGGCCUAAUUUAACUACUUUAAUUCAUUAGUAGUGAAUGUUACUUGGGCAGUCGUGGGUUAGGAGUAAACGAACGUUACUUGG